AAAUGAGCUGCACGAUUGAGAAGGCACUUGCUGACGCCAAAGCCCUUGUGGAGAGGCUGAGGGACCAUGAUGAUGCAGCAGAGUCUCUCAUCGAGCAGACCACGGCCCUCAGCAAGCGAGUGGAAGCGAUGAAGCAGUAUCAGGAAGAAAUCCAAGAACUCAAUGAAGUGGCAAGACACCGGCCGAGGUCCACGCUAGUUAUGGGAAUCCAGCAAGAAAACAGACAGAUCAGAGAAUUGCAACAGGAGAACAAAGAACUGCGAACAUCCUUGGAAGAGCACCAGUCUGCCUUGGAACUGAUAAUGAGCAAGUACCGAGAGCAGAUGUUCAGAUUGCUAAUGGCCAGCAAAAAAGAUGACCCAGGUAUAAUAAUGAAGUUAAAAGAGCAACACUCAAAGAUUGACAUGGUGCAUCGUAGCAGCCGCGAAGGAGUCUUCCUUGAUGCAUCUCGGCGCAUUCUUGAAGCACCUCAGCAUGGACUGGAGAGGCGGCACUUGGAAGCCAAUCAGAAUGAGUUGCAAGCCCAUGCUGACCAGAUCACCGAGAUGGCAGCAGUGAUGAGAAAAGCUAUUGAAAUUGAUGAACAGCAGGGUUGCAAGGAACAGGAGCGAAUAUUUCAACUUGAACAAGAAAACAAAGGCUUGAGAGAGAUUCUUCAGAUAACUCGAGAGUCCUUUCUGAACCUACGAAAGGAUGAUGCAUCAGAGAGUACAUCUUUGUCUGCAUUAGUGACCAACAGUGACCUGAGUCUGAGGAAGAGCUGAGUGGCUUUCUGCGUGGGCCCAUCCAAGUGAGUGGAUGAAUGAACAUAAAACCCAACUUCAGUCAGCCUUUUUUCCUCUAUAGUUUGCACAAGUACACUGGCAAAGAGAACAGAAGAAUGUAUCAUCAAUGGUCACACUCGAUCCCAGCGAGUAAAAGACAGAGAAGCUGAGCCGCUGGGUGAAUCGUGAGCAAGCACCCUCAAGGUGCUGCUGAAGGGCUGUUGGCUCCCUGGAUGACACAUGGGUCACCCUGAACACCCCAAUAAACAUUUGGAAAUCCUAAACUAUCCCAGCUUUAAAUGUUAAGUUUUGCUGUGGUUUUCUGAAUGGAAGACUUUGUUCUAGGUCUUACCUUUCCUGUUGAGUGUCAGAACAGCUUAUGUAUGAGGCUUCCCAUUUGUUCAGUCUCUGUCAGACAGUUAGACUUUAAAGGCUUUAAGAAUGUGUUACUUGCACCAUAAACAGAAGGCAUAUACUCAUACUAUACCUAGUUCCCAUGACUUGUAGAUAGCCGUUAUCCAUGACUUGCUUGAGUGUGUGCAGUACCAUCUCAGGAAGGAAAGAGAAGGAAUACUACUUUCUAAGAAAGACUGCCAUAUAUAGACACAUUUAGUAGGUUAAACUACUUUGACAGAAAAUGUUUUGGUUCUGGGUUAACAGUGAAACUGCCCUCCUCUCUACUUGCUGCUUAAGGAUAGGAGACAGUUCACUAGUGGACAGUUGACAUAGUUAAUGUAACAAGAUGGGUAUGGUCCUCUCCAAGUAAAUCUGGAAUUCCUUUGUUUUUAUUUAAGAAAUUACUCUUCAAAUCCUUAAAAAGUAGAUUCAUGUUCCAAAAACAAAGUUCUGGAUCCGAGUCUAUGUUCCAUUUGGCUCUUAUAACCUGUGAGGUUUUCCCUACAACCUGUGACUCAGAAAAGGGCAAUGAGUGAGGGCCCACAGACAUUUUCCUUUGUAUUUAAAAACAUUUACACCCGGCCAGUGGUGGCGCAUGCCUUUAAUCCCAGCACUCGGGAGGCAGACGCUGGAGGAUCUCUGUGAGUUCAAGGCCAGCCUGGUCUACAGAGCAAAUUCCAGGGCAGCCAAACCUUUUAUCCAAAAAACCCCUGUCUCAAAAAAAAAAAGAAAACACAAAAAUAUCAUAUUUACCUUUUGAAAAGCUUUUGAAGGCCACAAGAUACAGAAGUGUGCUUUAACACCAAUUGAAACCUACAUUGUUCUUACUAUGUAGUGAUCAGAAUAAAGGGAUAAAAGAUUGUGAAAUGAUUAAAAAUAUACUUGUGUGUCGAGUGCAUAUUAAAAUUAGCACAAAUAGAAAGUUCUACUUUUGAGUAUAUCAUUUGUUAAAUAUUGCUUUGCUUUGUAAUUUGACAUGCAGUUUCAUGUAUUGGCAAAAUUCAAAGGACUUUUCACUUGAGAAAUUUUCAGUCUGAAGUUUGAGGUGAGUGGGGUCCCAGGGCUGUUAGGAAAGGGCCAGUGCCCUAGAUGUUAGACAGUUCACAUUCGGAGGCCUUAAUUUUUUAUACAUAAGUGAAUUUAUUUUUAAGAUUUUCCUAUUGGUUUUUGGAGAGUACUCCUUAAUUUAAUGGUACAUUUGUUCAUGUAGUUUUAUCCCAGGCCGGAAUUUUAAAAAGGAAGGCUGCACUGUUGAGACAAGUCAGAGACAAUGCAUUGAGCAGCUCUAUUGUAAAAUGUUAUUUGAGAAGUGAUUAUUUUUGUAAAAAAGUAUUUAUCCUUUGUCUUGAGUAUAAUUUUAAGUUUGUAAGUACUGAAAUACAUUUGCUUUGUUUUUAGCAAGUUUUCCACCCAUCCCCACCCCCACCCCUCGCCAUUACCCCCAAAAAAACAACUUAAAGCUUACAUCUCAGAGUGUGUGUUGAAGAGGAGCCCUAUUUUAUCAAUAAAGAUGAGUGUUUAAAGCUGG